GUAGGAUCAGCUUCUCCCCGCAGGCGGGGUAGACAGAUAGCAUGAGGAGAUACUGAGGGGGUUGAUAAGAUGCUUUCCCCUGCAUCUUUCAUCUACCAUCAUCAUUGCAUUUCAACAUCCAUCAACAGAUCAGACAAACAAGCAUAAUGGGCGUCAAAGGAAUUCGAACUGCCAUCAAGGUUGACCUUGACAUGCCUGCAUGGGAACAGCCCGGGUUACACAAUCGAUGGCAUCCAGACAUCCCCUCCCAUGGCAAAAUCGCCAACAACGAAGUGGUCAAAAUCGAAUGUCUCGACUGGACAGGCGGGCAGAUCAAAAACAACGAUUCAGCAGACGACAUCAAAAACGUCGAUCUCACGCAGAUCCACUAUCUCUCUGGGCCAUUUGACAUCGAAACAGCCGAGCCAGGCGAUGUCCUUGUCGUGGAGAUCCAGGAUGUGCAGCCGUUUGAGGAGCAGCCGUGGGGGUUUUCUGGUGUUUUUGCAAGACGCAAUGGUGGGGGGUUUUUGGAUGAGAUUUAUCCUGAUGCUGCCAAGGCGAUCUGGGACUUUGAAGGCAUCUUCUGCUCGUCGAGGCAUAUCCCGCAUGUGCGAUUCGCGGGUCUCAUCCACCCUGGUAUCUUGGGCUGUGCGCCGUCUGCUGAGAUUCUGGAGGAGUGGAAUCGUCGCGAGGGUGAAUUGAUUGCUGCUAGUACGGCUGAUCGUGAUGUUGCGAAACCUCCUGAGCCGAAGAAUGCCCAUGCAGGUAGCGCUGAGGAUAGCAUCAAAGCGAAGAUUGCAAGGGAGGGAGCCAGGACGAUUCCAGGUCGCCCCGAACACGGCGGCAACUGCGAUAUCAAAAACCUCUCUCGCGGCUCCAAAAUCUACCUCCCCGUCCACGUCCCAGGGGCCAAAUUCUCAGUUGGAGACCUCCACUUCUCCCAAGGCGACGGCGAAGUCUCCUUCUGCGGUGCUAUCGAAAUGGCCGGAGUAAUCACACUCAAAUUCAACGUCCUCAAAGACGGCAUCGCAAAACUAGGCAUGAAGUCACCCAUCUUCCACGCUGGCCCCGUCGAGCCCCAGUUCGGCCCUGGCCGCUAUCUCACCUUUGAAGGCUUCUCUGUCGACGAACACGGGAAGCAGCAUUACAUGGAUGCGACGGUAGCGUAUCGACAGACGUGUCUCCGGGUGAUCGAGUAUCUGCGUCGGUAUGGGUAUAGCGAUUAUCAGAUCUAUCUGCUGCUCAGCUGUGCCCCGGUGCAGGGACAUAUAGCUGGAAUUGUGGAUAUCCCGAAUGCGUGCACGACGAUGGGGAUCCCGAUGGAUAUUUUUGAUUUUGAUAUUCGGCCUGAGGCGGAGGUGGUGGAGAGGGAUAUGGGGAGUUGUGCGUUUGCGGGGUGAGACCUGUUUGUUUGCUAGUGAAAGCAGCUUGACUGUGAAUGAAGCUAUUGCUGCCUGGCAGUCUCUAGUAUUUAUAUCCCUUCUUCCCCGCAAGUAUUCCGUCUUCUUCUCGUCAGUUAUAUGCACUUGGUUAUCUCAAGAUCUUAUAUUAUAUACCAAUCGGCCAUGGCUAUCUCUUAUCCUCC